AUGGCCGCAACACAGCCACUACCAACAUUUCAAGUGGCAAUCGGUGCACUGGGCUGGUCCAUGCGGGCAAUCCGCAUGGACCAAACCAAUGAAGCAUGGCUUUUUUUGGUUUUGGGGGCACAUUCUAAUUGGAUUUCAAUGGCGGGCGGGCAGGGCAUAAACAAAAUUCAUUACGCCUACUGUAUGCCCUGUCCGCCGCUCGAAGCCCAGAAGGGGCUCAAGUCGCCGGGACACUCACGCGAGGGAAGGUCUCAAGUUCUCUUUCACUCCGGUUGUCCAUCAUGGCGCAAAAUUACCGUCUGCAAAACAUUCUUCUCUUCAAUGCUCCAAGUCCAGGAAGCCCGCCUUAUAUCACCACACAAAACUCACUCCAAGACUGUCACCAAGAACAGCAGUGGCGGAGCGCCAUAG